UCCCUGCUUCGAGUAGCUUACAGUCGUUGUUGCUGUUGUCCAAAGGCACACGCGCACACAGGAAGGAGACCAGCUUGCAGGUCUCCCACGGUUUGGUUUCUCGCCUGCUUCAGUUCGUGCCAGCAAAGCACUCUGCGAGAAGCCCUUUCCUUUUUUUUUUUAAAAAAAAGAAGCGAACUUUUUUUAACUGCAGGAUGCCCUGGCCAAAAAAACUCUGCACAUGCUCAGAGCCGCUCGAGCUGCGGCUGCCAGCAUCCUCCAUAGCAGCAGCACUGUGAGUGACCCUCCUCGGCUAGCUUGCGGCUUCUUCUCCCGGGCUGAUUCCGACCCGCUCCGGGGCGGAGGCGGGGCAAAGGGCAAUCCCUCCCUCCCUCCCACCCCUCUAUGGGGCGGGCGGGCCCCCAGACCAGCUGACUUGCCUGCAUCAGCAGAGGGAAGCCCGACGCUCGCCCGGCAGCCGCGCAGGGGAGGAGCCGGAGCUCCCGCCGCCGCCGCCGGGGCAAAAAAACAACACACAGAACGGGAGGCUGCUCCGCGGCUUCGUUUCUCUUGCUCCGGGUUAGCGUGUGAACCCAGCUGGGAGGCUGGCAGCCAACGUGGCUGAAAAGGAGAUGCGCCGGAGGAGCUGAAGCCCCCCCCCGCCUCCUUUGGAAACAAAAGGCUCCGGUUUGCGACUGAGCGAUGGACUCCUCUUUCCUGGGGUGCCGGGCGUGACGUCUGCCACUGAGCCCCCCCCCCACACGCGCGCGCUCCAGGACGCUCCCUGCCAGGCGGGCACGAUGGACGCGCACUCCCGGAGGUUCGGCACCCCGAGCGGGAAUCUUUCCAGCUGCCCGAAUGGCUCUCAGUGGAUCCUGGCCGUCUUCCACGAAUGCGCCGAGGACGGCUGGGAUGUGGCCAGUGUGGUGCUGGGCCUGGUGUCCAUCCUCUGCUUCGCGGCCGCCUCUUUCCCCCAAUACUACCAAGCCUGUAAAACGGGCAUCAUGGAUCAAGCCCUGUCUAUUUACUUCCUGCUGGGAUGGCUGGGAGGAGACACCUUAAACCUGAUCGGAUCUUUGUUGGCUAACCAGCUGCCCCUGCAGGUGUACACGGCCAUUUAUUACGUCCUGGCUGACCUGCUCAUGCUCUCCUUGUACCUCUACUACAAGAUCAAGAACCAGAGGGAAGGCUUUUCUGCUCCGAUUAAUGCCGUCUGCGCCUUCAUUGUGGUGGGGACUCUGUCGGCAACCUCCCUCCUAGUCGAACCGAAAUCUCCUGUUGGCGAAGGGACGGCAGUCUUCAAAGGGAGGGCACUUCUCUCUUCGGAGGAGGAACCCGAGUGGGAGCCUUUCACCAGGAAGGAAAUCAUUGGCUUCAUGAUCGGGUCCAUUGCAUCGGUGCUGUACUUGCUUUCCCGGCUCCCCCAGAUCUACACCAACUUCAAGAGGCAGUCCACCACCGGGAUCUCUUUCUCUCUCUUUGCGCUGGUGAUGCUUGGGAACACGUUGUACGGCGUGGGCGUCCUCAUGAAGAACCCGGACCCAGGCCAGACGGAAGGCAGCUACGUGGUCCACCACCUCCCUUGGCUGGUCGGCAGCUUGGGCGUCCUCUUUCUGGACAUUGUCAUCUCUUUCCAGUUCGUUGCCUACCGGCAGACGACGCUACCAGCAGCGCUGGAAGAAAGAGACUCUCUCCUUAGCAGCGAAGAGUCUGGAAAGCUGGCGGACCCGACCAUGUGCAGACACUGAAAGUUGGAGAGGCCGACCCAAGACCCCUGGCGCAUCGCUUUUGCAGCAGCAGCAGCAGCGGGACGCGGCUCGGGGAUUCUGUGCCUCCUCGCUUCGGAGAGGAAGCCUGCGUCCCACCUGGUCUCUUCUUCCCAAGGAACGGGCUGCGAGAAGCUCCCUACCGCCUAAGCAACUCUUUCUGUUUUAAGAAGAAACGAGGAUGAACCCAACAGGACUUACUUAAGCUGAGGAAUUUUCUUUUUCUUUUAAUGUUUACUUUGCUAGGACUGUUCAGGACUCCUCGAAGCGGCAAAGCUAGCCACAGCUGGGGGGAAGGGAUUAAGGCAUGACCGGUGGCACCUGGGCACGGCUGCUGUGUUUGCACUUCACCAAUCACAUGUGCACCUCUGUUUCUCCAAAGCCAGUCUGGGCCAAGGGACACUGGUCAGUUCUUUGUAUAUGGGGCAUUUUUUUUUUUAAAAAAAGGCAUUUUAGUGGCACAUGUGGACAGCAGGGGAGAAAUAAACCCUUCAACCAGUA